AUGGGUUCCACUACCUACGCAACCGACGCGGUUUUUCGGGGGGACGGAAUGCCGUCAGAGCGGCCUGUAACUGACGAUAAGAAGCCUACGACGACGCUGCAGAUCCGUUUGCAUAAUGGACAAAGACUCAGGGAGACGCUAAACAUGGACCACACAAUUCGUGAUUUACACGCUAUAAUUCAGAUGAACGACGAAAUGACACAACCAUACACACUGUUGGCAGGAUUUCCUCCUCGUCCUGUGUCAACGGAUCUAGCACUGACUAUCGAGCAGGCGGGACUCAAGGGUGCUGCAAUCACGCAAAAACUCAUUUAA